GGAUGAUUCAAGCACCCAAGAUAAGACCAGAUGAGUCAUGAUUCUAAAUUAUUAGAAUUAUAAUAGCCAAAUAAUAAUUCUUCCAGCAUUAGUAGCAACCACGAAACGCAAUUAAAAUAUCAAACCAUUCAUUCGGAUUUUGUGGCAGUAAUCCAUUGCUCUUAAAGCAAUUUAGCGCUGCCUCAGAUCGAGAGGGAAAGUCGGCUAUGUUGGGAUACAAUGUACACCUCCGUUGAUGACUAGAAUCGUGCCAGCAUAAGAAAAACCACACGCUGAUGAUUGACACGCCACAACCAACCGAAACCGAACAACGGAACGGUAGACACGGCUUGGCAGACAGAACUCCCCCUCCAAACAAAAAACCAAGGGCGCACAGUUGUAUGUGCGCCACCCAACGUCGAAUUCAUUCAUGAAAAUGGAUGAGCGGCAGCGUAGUAGGACAGACAGCUCGGCUCGUUCCAACCGAAACGGUGAGCAUCACACUCGCCACCAGUUGAUCCGUGUGUGUGUGUGUGUGGUUCGGUUUUAGUGUUUCCGGAGUGGAAAAUGUGGGUUAUCAUGAUGGAUGCUAUCUAAAUUCGGUCCGCUCUCGAUGUUUGUGUUUUCCACGCAAAACCGUUUCGCUCACUAUCGGGAGAGCAAUGGGAAGCGGACUUUUCUCACGGCGCUAUUUCGUUCGGGUUGUACAGACUUCUGCUUUCGCGCGACGUUUCAUUUCAGUUCACAGUCGACAUCCGUGGCUUGCGGUCGUAGUUUGUGUUGUGGAAGCGUUUAAGAGAAACACACAAACGGCACUGGUGUAGGGCAAUUCCCCAGCUGGCAGUUCGUAUGGAUGGAGUGUCGUAUAAAGCUUGCGAUAGUGAACCACCGGUGAACGGAUAGUAAAAAAUGGAGCAGAAAUUUUAUGAGCUGUGUGAUUUAUUGUGCAUCGAAGGGCUUGCUUAACUUUGCAACCUGUUGCACCACUGCUCGGUGUCUGGUGCUUUAAGAUGUGCAAUUUGCCAAGGGUAACACUUUCCGGAGUGUUGUGCUGAGAGGCUGUUCGAAAGAUCAUGAACCAAUCGGUAUCCGUGUAUGGUUUUGUUGCUUUUUUAUGGGAUUCUAAAAUUUGUGAUGUGAUUCCGUGGGUCUGCCGUGUUUGAAAACAAGUGUGAAACAAGUGAAGUGUUGUUGCAGCAAAGUAAGACACGAUCAUGGUGAGCGAAAACUACACCCAGCUGCUGCUGGACGCGACGAACAGGUUUAACCUGUCCGCGUACAGCACCGCAGCCGGCCCGACCAUGUCCCACGAGGAGGAUCUGCAGACGGAAAUGAUCGUAUCCACGAUAGUGGCGAUCUUUUUCGGCUUUAUCGGCAUUACGGGACUGCUCGGGAAUGCGCUGGUCGUGCUCGUCGUGCUGUCGAACCCGCAGAUGCGUUCGACGACAAAUCUGCUCAUCAUCAACCUUGCCAUUGCGGAUCUGCUGUUUGUGGUGUUCUGCAUACCGUUCACUGCCACCGACUAUGUGCUCGCUUCCUGGCCGUUCGGCGAACUUUGGUGCAAAAGCGUACAGUAUCUGAUCGUGGUGACGGCACACGCGAGCAUCUACACGCUCGUGCUGAUGUCGCUGGAUCGGUUUCUGGCGGUCGUACAUCCGAUCGCGAGCAUGGUUAUACGGACGGAGAAAAACACCGUGCUUGCGAUAACGAUCCUCUGGGUGUUGAUCAUCACCACCGGGCUACCCGUAUCCUUCGCACAUGGAAUUGAAAAAUUCGAAUACCAUGACCGGGUGAUAGAGACGUGCGGGUUCCUCGAAAAGGAUAGCCCCUCCUGGCCCGCCUUUCAUAUCGCGUUCUUCCUUAGCUCGUACGUGGUGCCGCUAAUACUGAUCAGCGUCCUGUACAUGUGGAUGCUUUCCCGGCUAUGGCGAAGUUCGGUCGGUGGCCGUUCGGCAGAAUCGAAAAAGGGCAAAAAGCGCGUCACCCGCCUGGUGGUGGUCGUGGUAGCAGCAUUUGCUUCAUUAUGGUUUCCCAUACAGGUCAUCCUGGUGCUGAAGAGUGUGGACGUAUUUAAGCCAGAUACACAUUUUAAAAUUUCACUACAAAUUGUAUCGCACGUUCUGGCCUAUACGAGCUCGUGUAUAAAUCCACUGCUGUACGCAUUCCUGUCGGAAAACUUUCGGAAAGCAUUCCGUAAGAUUGUCUACUGUGGUCCAGGAAGCCGCCGCCAGGGAAGCCAGAGACAUAUGCCAUUGCCAACGAAAACGACACGAACCGGCAGCUGUCCAGACAUUUUAUAACCGGAAGCAAUCGAGGAAACGUCCGUCACUUUCGUUUAAUAAACUCUUUCUUUCAUCACGCCCUACCGUAACGCAUGAAUUCUAUUACAUCUUCACACACAUCGACAACAUCAAUAGAUCAACAACGUGGGAAUAAACUCGAAGAUACAAUGACACGUCGGAUGAUGGUCCAACAGUAAUAAAUACCAUACCAACAAAGAACUGUUAAUAAAAUCGCACUCAUUUUCAUCUUCCUGUACUGUAAUUAACAACACUCGAUGUACUUAUAGCACAUUCAUCGACGAUGAUUCGCAUCAUGAUGCCAUUGUAACUUUAGGAUACAAAUGUACAAUAACUUAAUGGUUAAUUUUUUUAUCAUACAUUUCGUCCGUAUUCAAUUGUUUAUCUUUUGAUUUGUUUGGAAUGAUUGUUAUAUAUUAAACCAGUGCAAGAAGCAUAAUACGGAAAAAAAUUGCUUUCGACGUUAAGAGGCAUAAAAGGUUGUGUUUUCGAUAUUGUUUCUAACACACAACCACACAACUUGCACAACGAGCGCUCUAGGUCGGCCGAUAUUGUGUAAAUUCAUUAACAAUUCAUUCAGUUUUGAAUUGUUACAAUAAAACGUUAAGCAACGAACUGAACAUAUAAAUAUACCUGUAUACACCUUGAACACGGCCAAGGGGUAUAUGGAACGAUAGGCAUAUGGAAAAAUGAGCAACAUGAGCUUUGCCACAACAGCAAGGGCCACCCUUGUGUAGUAAUGUACCAAUUAUCAUUUAAAACCAAAGCGAACGAAACUAAAUUGUGCUCGAAUGCUAAAGCAGAAGAUCGGGCGUAAUCGAGUAGGUGGCUUUCGGACAAAUAAUAUUAGCGAUAGUUUGUGGGUAAGAAAGUAUUUUGCAUAUUAAUGCUUGAAAAAAAACAAUACUGAGUGGAAACGUGUCAACUUGUGCGUGAAUAAUUAGCAUAGAAACUAAUAUUAUAUAGCAAACGCUGCUCCUAACGUGGUUAAUAGCCUGCAGUGUCGAACCAGAAAAAUAAUGGCUAGUUGGUUUCAAAGUUUUUCGUACCUAAGCUAAGACAAACAAAAGAGUAAAUGUAUGAGUGUAUAGAAAGAUAAAUCUAACCAUUGCUUCUGGUGUGGAUUGUUUCGAGCUGAUAUGGCUGCCCAAAAUGAGCCCCUUUUUCGGUUUUCUGCAAAGAUCCUAGUGAUGAAAGGUUUGUGUGGCACUGGUUGACAUGGUUCGUUUUUUUUUGGACAUUCGUUUUUCUCUCGCUUUCCAAGAAUACUGCUUACUGAUGCCACUUUACUGGUGCACGUGAUGUUGAUAAAAUCGAUCGGGAUUGUUUCGGGUCACCAUUUGGGUUAAGUACGUGACAUCAAUCAUACUGUGGCACUUGUGGAACGAAUCUACCAAACGAUCGGCACACGCUUUUUGACGCGCUUUUGUGCCGAAGAAACGUCAUGAAACGGUAGUGACCAGCUGUUCUUUUUUUCUUGUUACUUGCUACGUGUUAUCAAACAAAAUGCGCUACACACCAGCACCCGGUACCAGAUUGAGUUGAUGCUCACACACUGCAUUCCGCAUUCGUUUUGCAGUUAAUGUAGGAAUGUUCCGGUACUCCUCCACCUCGGGUUCUCGGGGUCGUUUCGGGGUCCCGAGAAUUCACCGGGUCGUAUUCUCGUUCUACCCCCGAAAAGUCACACAUUCCGCUACGGCACUAAACAGAAAGCUGUCACAAAGCUAUUUUCAUCAUCACCGUGAUCAACAUCUGCAUACGAGUUUCGUUGCGAUACGGGUGGAAUUUGGAAACUCUCCAGCCAACACAAAGUUUGCUUUAAAAAAAAAGUUUCACCUUACCAUUCAUUUCACCGUUUUGUCGGAGGAAGUGAGAACGGGCCGCAUAUCACAGCCACGAUGUGAAGGCGCGUUCCUGCUGUGGCACUCAACGUCAUAAAUCACUCCUCGUCGUAAGCUCCAAAAUAUCAACACACAUGUACGGUAGUGCCCGUCUCCCUAUUGGAACGGGACAACAGCUUUUGCAGAAUGUGGCACGAAUUUAUUUCGUACUGGCAGCCGAAGCCUACGACGCGUGAACUUUCCGAUCCAUCAACAAGCCAAACAUUGGCGUAAAUAUUUGCCCACUCGUGGGAAUGUGGUAACUGGCACAGGCAGUAUGAUGAAAAUUUCUCAUUUAUACUGUUUUUGCUGUAAGGAGAACAAAAAAAAAUUAUACUCUAAAAACAAACAACACAUGUUUUUUUUAAUAUAUUCUCUUCUCCAUGAUUCUAACAGUAGUUUUGGAAAACCAAUUUGCCUGCCUUAUUAGCUUUCGGUGCGCUUUUCAUUUUUGUUGAAUGUAGUUUCCGUUUCAAUCAGGCAAACCAUUCAAUGCACUCAUCUUCGCAGAAUAUCUCUCUAUUUAAGCCACAGCUGGAAACAAAUCCACAUCGAAAUCAAUAACUGUAGUUCGUAAGCAACAUCAAUUGCUUGUUACAUCCCCUAAGGUUCGUAUAUUCAUAUUCUAGCAUGUAAAAGCUCCUUUAUCAGAUGAGUAGAGGAGCGGUGAGUUAUUUACAUCCUAACAUAACGAACAGCGUACGAAUGUAGUAUCGGAAUUAUGGCGAGCCUGUAUCAAUGUUAGGCUAGCAACUUUAAGUAAAUCUGCAUCAAACAAACAAACAAAAACACAUACACACCGCACAAAUGAAGCCAAAAAGUAAGUUAAAAUUUUAAUAAACGAGAGUGAGCAGAAUGAAUAAAUCGGAAGCUGUUUGUAAACUAGAUGAUGCGCAUUAGUUCCUUCUUCCUUCUUGAUAGAUUAUCGAAUAAGAUUGUUGUAAUGCAACGAAGGAAGGGAAUGCACAUUAGGACACUAUUGAAAAUUAAUCUGUAAGCAGACGAGAGUGCAAUGUUAAAAUUGAAAACAAAUGAAAAAUUGCAUUGAAGAUUUUAUUUAUAUUAACAUGUUGAAGCUGAAGUAUAAUGGUAUCUCUAUAGAAAACGAAAACAAAACACAUUACUAUUGUACCAGUGAACCAUUGUGCUUGAUGUGCACAAGGCAAAAGAGCUUGUAUAGUAUAUGAAAGCGGUGUUACUGUUUAACUAAUUAAAGCGAAAAGUAAAACACUUCACCCUGCAGCAGAAGUUCCAACGUGAAACACAAAGGAUACGCAUGGAUUCUAUUUCUAAUUCUGAAAAUUUUACUGCGUAUCAUCAUCUAUCAUCCACAGUUUGAAAAAUAAAAUUUUUCGUUGGAAUUUUUUUUUUAAAUUAGUUUUCAGAGAAUUUCAAUUUAAUAAUAGAUCAUUAAAAAAAUUUACUGAUGGAACAUAUUCAUUACAAAAUGAAUCAGAAAAAAUGGUUUCGUUAUUAACAAGUAACUGGAAAAACCGUACAUCGUAGCGCAGAUGUGCGUGAAUGUUGUCGAUGAUAAACGAAAACAAUUAUAAAUUAAAUGUUUUUUGAUUCAAUUCGGUUUUUUUUAAUUAAUAAUUGAAAAUGAAAAGAAUUGAACAAUUGUAUUAAAUGCAAACAAUUUACUGCAAGAGCA